GAGGGAGAGCGGACACCAAGGGGAGACGGGGGCAUGCCGAAGUCCGAUCCGAUGGCUCGUCAGAGGGCGGUGGACAAGGAGUGUAAGUGCGAGACGAAGCCCGUCCCGCCUGAGAUGACAUGCACGCCGAGUUUUUCAAAGAAUGUUGUUCCUGAUAAAGCAUGCACGCCGGGUUCUUCGAAGAGGAAGGAGGGGGGUGCACAUGCUUCUGCCACCAAUGCAGGGAAGUGGCUGCGGCAGCAGAAAAUGACGGACACGUAUGGUGGCGAGUGGAUUGGUCAGUGGAGGAAGGCAUUCUUUCGUUGGGUGUAUUCCAGCGGGAUUGCCUUCAAUGCCUUCCGCAACACGCCGUACCGGGACCUCCAGCAGGUUGCUCUUCGGCAACCUGGUGGAGCACCUCUUCCCGUGCUUCCAUCCCACAGCGAGAUCGCAAGCAUGCGAGCUGUGGAGAUCCACCGCGAGGAGUUGGCGGAGGAGUUGGAGGCGGUUAGGCAGCCAUUAUGGGUUGUGGAUACGUCCUCUCUUGGCAGCGAGACGAGGGCAUGCUUGACGCUCAGGCGGGAUGAGACGUGGAGCUUAGCAGCGAGACAUGGAUAUGAUGGGGGGCGAGGAGCUCUGGGGAUCUUUCGGGGCACGAAGGAGAGAUCACCCACUACCGAGCGGGAGGAUACACGUCCUUGCACGACCUUGCGGGAGGAGACGCUUGCUCCCAUGACUGCGAGUGAGGAGCCGGGUCCUACCACGACAACGCGGGAGCGGACGACUGUUUCGUCGACCGUGCAGGAGCAGACGCCUGCUCCCACGACCACGAGAGAGCAGACGAGUAUUCCCGCGACUCAGUCCGCACCCUCGUCGCAGUCGCCUCUUUCGCGUCAUUCUAUCCCAGCAUCCGCUCCGACCGCUCCCGUUCGGCAUGACGAGCGCUCACCUGCACCGGUUGGGAGGGAGGACUUGAGAUCCUCGUUGCGCAUCCGCGGGCAUGGAUCAUUGUUUAGCGUAGGCCGUCAGCUUGUUUUGGACCCGCGUGCAUCGAGCGACUUGGGGGAGAAGGGUGUUAAUAGCGGGGCACCACCGGUGGAGGAGAGGGAGAGACAAGCGGAGGAGCACGGAGCCGCCGGAGCGGGCGGAGUUGAGGGUAUUCGGGGUAUGGAGGACGAGGUAGCUGGAGCAGUGGGGGGCGUGGUGGAGGUAGAUGAUGGUGCGCACGUCGAGAGAGAGGAGGCCAUGGCGAGGGUUGAUGAUGGUGAGCAGGUUGAGGGAGUGGAGGGUGUGCUGCCAUCGGAGGUUGAGAGGGAGCGCGACGUGGCGAGGACGCAGGUUGAGAGAGAGGAGGGCGUGGUAGGGGUAGAUGAUGGUGAUGCCCAGGUUGAGAUGGAGGAGGAUGUGGUGAGGGCAGAUGCUGCUGCGUUGGUUGGGGGAGAGGAGGGUGUGGUAGGGGGGGACGUCGCCCAUGGUAGAGGAGAGGGAGGCGACGACCUUGACCCGAUCGUCCAGCGUUUCGGCGAUGACGAGAUAGGUCCCGCACUAGCGGGGUUAACCGCGGGCACGAGGAGGGCACUGGGGGCGUCGCCAUCAGGACAGAGGAGGGCGUCAGGGCUGGGGAUGGGGGAUUUCAUGGACAUGUCUGUGGGGGAUCCUCCUAGCCCUAGUCACGCAGACAGAGAGGAUGUGGUGCGUUCCCUAGCGGCCGCUGGGUACUCCACAGAGGAGAUCGAGCAGGCAUUUGCAGGAUGCUCCGGGAGAGAGACAGACACGCUUCAGCAGGGGUGCGAGGAGGUAGUAGAGCAGCCACAGGCGGAGCGUGAGGAUGCACCCGCUGCAGAUAUCCCCAGAGGUAGCAGUUCAUUGGUACCAUUCACGGGCAUGCGGAUGACGAGGACGAUGCGGCCAGCCGCUUUGGCAGCAGCAACACGUGUUGUGCGUGACCAGACUUCGUGCACGAGCGGAGUAGCUCGUCCGCGUCCCAUGCCUGCCACGGGGGGUGCCGCAUUGGGGGAGUCUUCUGAAGCCGAGGGGUUGGGGAUGCCGCGCGGUUCUCGUCGUGAGAAGACAGUCGCAGAGGUGACUCAGGUGAGUGCUAGGCUUGUUCGGGUGAGGACGGGGGCUGACCCUGUGGCCGUGGUGGAGGACGAUCCCGAGACAGAGCCUGCAUGUGAGGAGGCCGCACAGGAGGGUGACGAGUACAGGGACGACGAGGAGCGUGAUGAGGAGGAGAGCGACAAUGGGGAUGAUGACAACUACCACAACGACGACGACGAGCCCUCCCCUCCAGCGUGGCAUGGUUCUCGUAGACGACGUGGCUCUCGUAGACGACACGAUGACGUCGACGACCCGUCCCCUCCAGGGCGGCGGGAGACGAGGAGUUGGAGGAGGCGAGGGUCAUCCGUUGCGACAGUGCCGGGGCGAGGGAGUGUCUCAUCGACACGCAGCACGAGUGGGGCGAGGCAGAGAGGCAGUGGUAAGGGGAAGGGAAGUCGACGGUACUGACAACUUCGUUCCCCUUCCACGACGCCUUUAUGUUGUUUGUGCUCGGUGUUCUGACGUUUUUGUAUAUUGUUUAGGAUGAUGUACAUAUAGUUAGGUUUUAGGGACUUCGGACCAGUCCAUGGACUUCAGCAUGCAGGUAGUGUCGUCGAGAGUGUUUGUUUGUUUCGUUUUUCGGUUUAUGUACGGCGUUUUCAUAUUGUUUUUUAGUUAUUGCCACUUAUUGGGUUUUUGUUAGAGGUGGGACUUCAUUUUGACUUGUCGUAUUACGUAGAUGUUUGUUAGGGUUUUCUUUUCAGCUUUGUUAGUUAGCCGUGUAGGCUGCAUCCCAUCG